GAGAGAGCGGAGCGGACAGGGGGAGAGGGUGUCCAUCAUCAGGCUGCGCUCCGCUAUGCGCCGCGAGGCGGCCCGCUCCUGCGCGCGCUGACUACACCCCGAGAGGAGGAGCAUGAGGCGUCACAAUCCUCAAUUUCCAACUUAGCAUCCUGGCAGGACAUUCUCCAAAAGCAAAGCCCCCAUUCGAAGGCUAAAAACUUAUUCUGCACUGCAUGUGCGGGAGGACGAGAAAGAAAGAGAGAGAGAGACGCAGAAAAGAGAAGAAGAAGGAGGCUGAGAGCGAGUAAACAGCCCCGAUCGGCUGCGUCUGCCUGCGACCAAAAUAACGCAACUGAAACCUUUUUUUUUGUUGUUAAUUUGUUUUUUCCUUUUUUUUUUUUUUACACUGCCAGCGCGCGGAGGGAGAGGAGCCUCUAUGGUCUCUACGAGUCUCUAUGGUUCACUUCAAAACGUACGCGAGCGAAUAAAAACAGACGUGCGGGAGUAAAGGGGUUUAUUUUUGGGCUUUUUUUUUUACCAUGGCGUAUCCUCAGGGCUAUUUGUACCAGCCGUCCGCGUCUCUAGCGCUGUACUCGUGCCCGGCGUACAGCACGAGCGUGAUCUCGGGUCCGAGGACCGAGGAGUUGGGGAGGUCGUCUUCGGGGUCCGCCUUCGCCCCCUAUGCGGGAUCUACCGCGUUCAGCAGCGCGUCGCCGGGCUACGGAUCCCACCUGCCGUACAGCGCGGAUCCGGCGGCCGCCGCCACCUUCACCUCCUACGUGGGGUCCCCGUACGACCACACCUCAGGCAUGGCUGGUUCCAUAGGAUAUCACCCGUACGCGGCUCCCCUGGGCUCCUACCCCUACGGGGACCCCGCGUACCGCAAGAACGCCACGCGGGACGCCACGGCCACCCUCAAGGCCUGGCUCAACGAGCACCGCAAAAACCCGUACCCCACCAAGGGCGAGAAGAUCAUGCUGGCCAUCAUCACCAAGAUGACCCUGACUCAAGUGUCCACCUGGUUCGCGAACGCCAGGAGGAGGCUCAAGAAGGAGAACAAGAUGACCUGGACUCCGAGGAACAGGAGCGAGGACGAGGAGGAGGACGAGAACAUUGAUCUGGAGAAAAAUGACGAGGACGAGCCACACAAGGCGACCGACAAGGAGGACUCCACAGACACCGAGUCAGCAGAACACAAAGUGGGCGCGGGGGACAUCACGUGCGCCAGGUUCAAAGAGGACAGCUGCGCCAAGGAGGCGGACCCGCUGCUCACGGACUCCGAGCUCAGAGAGCACGAGGAGCGGACAGACGUGCCCGCGGACCCCGCGAGCGCCACCACGUCCUCGCCGCAGCGCGCGCUCCACGGGAGCGAGGUCGCGGCGCAGGACAGGGCGCCUCCGGAGACGGUGCACGCGCCCGCGGCGGCCCCGAGCGGCUGCGGCGGCGGCGGCGGCGGAAACGCCACGUCAGUGAUCCACUCGCCGCCCUCGGCUCCCAAGCCCAAACUUUGGUCUCUCGCCGAAAUCGCCACUUCUUCGGACAGGUGUAAAGGAAGCGGCGAGGCGCCGCAGGGCCCCGCGCCCGGCCAGAGCAGCGUGAUCUCGGCCAGCCCGUCGUCGCCCUCGCGGUCGCCCCCUCGGCAGGCGUUUCCCAGCAACACGGUGCUCUCGAGGCCUAUUUACUACACGUCCCCGUUCUACCCGGGCUACACGAACUACGGCUCGUUCGGGCACCUGCACGGCAGCCAAGGCCCCGCGACGGGCACGAGCGCGCACUUCAAUGGAUUAAACCAGACUGUGCUGAGUAGAGCGGAGGCCGUGGUGAGAGAGAGCAAAGCGAAGAGCCACGCGCAGGUAGAACAGCUGUGCAAAGAGCCCCCUUAUGAACUGAAGAAAGGUAUGUCCCACAUUUAACACCGGCCUGCCCCUCACCUGGACACUUAUUUAUUACCUGUGUCGGCAAAACAAGAGAAAUUAAAAACAAACAGAGAAAGUGCAAAGAAGGGAGAUAUUUUUCCCACGUGGAAGUGCUAAAUCUCAGAUUUUUAGUUCCUGGAUGGUUAUUCCAAAACAUGUUAACAUCUAAGAAAUGUCUUAACCGCUGCUGCCGCUUGAGACGAUUUGUAUUAAAACUAAUAUGUAUAUUUAAUGUAGCAUUUUGUAUUUAAAAUGGACGAUACACUAAAUUUGAAGUAAAUUAUGAAAAAUACACGUGUACAGCAAUUGUUUUGGGGAUGAAUAUAUAAGUGCUUGUGUCUAAAGUGCU